AUGUGUGCGUUGGCCCUGAUGGGCUGCGUCGCGGCCGUGAUGACGGCGUUGGCCUUCAGCACGGUCAAGGUGAUCGAUCAGCGAGACCGCAUCAUGCGCGACUUCAACAACUGGACGCUCGAGCAACUCGCGAUGGCACGUGCUGCCGCGGUGGCCACGACGACGACUGCGAUGACCGUGCCCGUCAACAUGACCUCGCUGGACAUUGAUACCUCGGACGGCGGCUACACGAAUCUUCUGGUCACCAUCAACGACAGUGUAGAUUACAACGUGUCUAUUAUAGAAAACAUCAAGGCCCUGUUUCGAUCCUCGUCCGUGUUCCUACACCGAUCCACCAGUGGGCGUGUCUACUUCAAGCACGUAAUCAUCAACGUCCCUGACAAGUGGCUGAACGUCAAGAGUGCACGAAGCGUGCCUCGAAAUGCUUUUGGCAGGGGUGACGUCCGCGUUGGUACUUCUUCGAAUGCCCACGAGAACCAUCCCGUCACGAAGCAGUUGAAACCGUGCGGUCAUCGUGGCGAAUUCAUCCAGCUGUCGUCGCAAUUUCUCGCCGAACUGAACGCAUCUACCAUGGCGAAGUACAGGAAUCCAGCGUAUGUGUUUGUUCACGAGUGGGCGCACUAUCGGUACGGUGUAUUCGACGAGUACGGCAGCCGCGAUGAUGACGAGUACCCGCUCACUUACUGUCAUAAAAACAAGGUAAAGCUGAAUUCUUGCUCCGAAGAAAUUCGUUUCACUGCGAGAACUUCGACGGGCCAGAAGUGCAAGAUAAGGAAAAAUUGUCAGUUCACCAAGGACUGCCUGCUUCAGUUCUUCCGGCCAAUGAACUACGCAGUGGAAUCGUCCAUCAUGUUCAUGCCAUAUCAGUACCAUAUCAACUACUUUUGCGAUGACAUCAAGAAAAAUCGCAAGCAUAAUUCAUUUGCACCGAACAAGCAAAACAGGUUUUGCGAUGGCAUGUCCGCAUGGGAAGUGAUAAGGCAAAAUGAAGACUUCAUGCAGCUGCCACGUCCCAACAUGACCAAAUCGGUUGAGACAACAUUCGAAGUAGUCAUCAGGGAGAGUGACCUGCACCCAGUGGUCGUGUUGGUUCUCGAUGUCUCGGGUAGCAUGUUCAUGUACCAUCGGCUGGACUUCCUGAAAGAGGCAGCUGAAAGAUACAUACGAGAAAUACCUGACAACUCUGUACAGCUGGCGAUAAUCGUGUUUGAAAGUACUGCGCGAAUUGCCUGUUGCCUGAAGCCUGUGAACAAACGCACGCGCGAGGUUUUCAUUGAGGCGAUUCAGAAAUUGACUUACCUGGCUGGAACUUGCAUAGGCUGCGGCCUUGACCUUGCCCUAACGAUCGUGCCCAACAAUAGCAGAGAAGGCGCCGCAUUCGUCCUCAUGAGCGACGGUGAACUCAACACUGACGCGUCUGUCCCCAGUGUCAAGCAUAAGUUAGAGGAAGCCAAAGUGAAGGUAACCACAGUAGCGUUGGAACCGACGGCGGACAACAAACUCGAAGAAAUCGCCCUUGCUACGGGAGGCAAAGCGUACAAGUUCCAUGACCUUCAAGGACGCACCAUCGCCGACAUCGAGGCAGCUUUAGUGGAUGCUACCAUCGCUGAGUUAGAUGAUCGCGUAGUGAUAAAGAGACAAGAAAGAGAUUUCUAUUUUCCGACGGAUGUGAAUUUUCUGGUGGACGACACGGUGGGCAGCAGUACGACAGUGCACAUUCGGCACAUGGAUCGUGACAAGACCGUUGUCACCGCAUGGCUCACGGAUCCCCAUGGAGUUGCAUGCGACGCGUGCUUCGUCGACAGAACGUGGCUCAGCACGACCAUCACUAUUCCGGACGUGGCAAAGGCAGGACAUUGGACACUUCACAUGACGAGCCCCAGUUCAAGUACCAGUUCAAGUCCCAGUUCAAGUCCCGUUGGUCUCCACGUUGAAGUGAAAUCGCGAGCAAGGAAUGCGAUCGAGGUACCGAUCAUGCUCGCUUGCGAAGUUAGCGAGCCGCUGGUGCGCGUCCCCGACCUUGUCAUUUACGCGCACCUCAAAAAAGGCGACAAGGUCGUCCUGCACGCCGACGUCGUUGCCGAAGUCCUGGGUCCGAAUCCACCGCACUUGUCGACGACACGACUUCACGAUGAUGGUAACUAUCCUGAUAUUACGGCUAACGAUGGCACGUACAGCGGAUAUUUCACUGCGUACACCGGACGAGGGAAGUACACCGUCGUGGCUCGGGCCAAGAACAACAACAAAACGACAGUGGCGGCAGAUCCCUUUCCUGGCUCCGGCGGCAAUCCCGACCCUAGCGUUCUCCAAGCGAAUGACGAAACCGGCAACACCACGUCCUCGGAAUAUUCGAUCGACGAUUUCGACCGGCUCGACUCGGACAACGAAUGUGAGGCUUGGGCGAAUACCACCGACGUAAAGAAUUCGGAAGUUUUCGAGAGGGCGGCCACUGGGGGAAGCUUUCACGUUGACAAGGACAUUUACGAGAGAGAUAUACCGCCCAUGCGCAUCCGAGACCUCCGUGUCACCGACCUGAGACCAGGGGGAAACGGCACGCUUCAAGCAAACAUCACGUGGACGUGGCCCGGAGCUCAUUUGACGUCGGGAAAAGCCUCCCUCGUGGAAAUUCGAGUGGGUAGCGGCCACAAAGAGCUGAAUUCGAUGUUCGACGACCAAACUCCAAUAACGGAUGCCGACGUCUUGGCUGGCAGCCUGAGACCUUUGCCAUCGGGCGCCAAGCACGUCGUCAAUGUCUGCCUGCCAGUGACCUUCUCUACGCCUCGGACGGAUGGUGAAUUCAACUACAGCGCACUCCUGGCGGCUCGCGUCAGCAACAGCGACGGGCUGAAGUCGAAAAUUCUAACGUCGUUAGCGUGUACCACGUUCCUACGUCAACUGCUCCUGUCGUGUACCGAAGCGGCGCUGACUGGAUAUGGAUAUGGAUCGUAAUUGCCCUGGUCGUGGCGGGCGUCCUGAUAGCCAUUCUGGUAGUUGCCAUAAGGAAAGCGAAACUUCACAAGCGUGACGUUUACGCUAUUUUUGUAAGAAAACAACGACACGUGGAAACGGACCGAGUUUAACGCAGCGUAUACAUGC